AUGAAUAGGUCACUGAAAAACGUUAAGCGAGACGUUGUCAAUGCAGUCAUUGCGUUAAAAAAUCGGAAUGGAACAACAGUCCGAGAUAUAAGGGAUUAUUUGCUCAGUCAGGGGAAAAUCUCCUGUCAUGACGAUAUUAAACCCGCCGUAAUGGCUGCACUCAAGUCCAAAGAUCUUUCUCGGCCCCAACCUCGGAGUAGCUUUCUUUUCUGGGGAGGUGGUGGCAACAAAAAGUCACCAGGAGCCAUGUCGUCCGUUAGAAAGCAUCGGCGACGAAGCGGUUCCAGAAGAAGGCGUCGAAGGUCGGGCGGAAAAGGGCGCAAGAGAUUUCGCAGACGUAGGGGUAGACGAUCACGCAGGAGGCGUCGAGGCAGGGCGCGCCAUCGAAGGAUGGUCGUAACGACCAAACGACAACGGCAUCGCCUUGCUGACACCUUUCGCGGAAAACUCGGCCGCAAGCUUUUGAAAGCAUGCGGCAUACGCGGCGAAAAGAAGAAGUUAGUGGUGUUUUGCGCGAGAAGAAAGAAGUGA